AUGUCGCGGCGACCGAGCGCGGAAAAGUGGAUGUUCGGCCCACGGCCGCGACGCGGAGGAUAACGCGCUGGGCGCUCGGCAGAGGGAGCUGGUGAAGAUGCUCUUCGUGGGACCGCCGUCACACGCCGGGGUCAAACGGCCCGGGACAACGCCAAUCGGAGGCGCUUAUCAGCUGCUCUCGCUGCUGCUGCUGCUGCUAUCAACUUGUCGGGCCCAAGACACUGACGACUGGCAAUAUGAGGAAUGUAAACUUUCUCGAUCGGGCCCUCCUGCUACCAUCGUCGCCAUAGACGAGGAGAGUCCCAACGGAACGUUGUUGGUGGAGAACAUGCAAAUCAACGGCGUGGCGGAGGGUCCGGAGCGGACCAUCUCCCUGUCUCUGAGGGACAACCACAACCGCUGGGUGAUUCUGGACCCUUCCAAACAAGCCCUCUACCUCAGCAGCACCGGACGCGUUCUGGACAGAGACCCUCCCUCGUACAUUCAGUCCAUUGUGGUUCAGGUGCAGUGUACCAACGAGCUGGUCGGCACGGUGAUACUACACGAGGUCCGAAUCGUGGUGCGCGAUCGCAACGACAACGGGCCGCGUUUCCAGCGGCCCAGAUACUACGUGGCCGUGAGCGAGUUGACCCCGGUGGGCACCACCAUCUUCUCCGGCUUUUCGGGCAACAACGGAGCCACCGACAUCGACGACGGUCCAAACGGCCAGAUAGAAUACACCGUCCAGUCCAACCCCAGAGACCCGACGGCCAACGGAACCUUUGACAUCCCGCUGACGUUGUUCGGCGCCGUGGUGCUCAGAGAACGCCUCAACUACGAGGACAAAACGCGCUACCUGGUCGUCAUACGGGCUAACGACCGAGCGCCCAACCCCGGCGAGCGGCGCACGGCCACCGCCACGCUGACCGUGGACGUCCUGGACGGCGACGACCUGGGGCCCGUGUUCCUGCCGUGCGCGCCGGUGGGCCGCACGCGCGACUGCAGCCCCGUCACCUACAAGUCCAACGUGCUGGAGCUGACCGAGCCGAAUAAGGUGAACCCCCUCAAUGUGACUCCGCCCAUUCAGGCCGUGGAUCAAGACAAGAACAUUCAACCGCCAUCGGACAGGCCGGGAAUUCUGUACUCCAUCCUCAUUGGCAAACCAGAAUCCUACGCAGAAUAUUUCAGCUUGAACAGAACCACCGCUGAGCUCUCGCUGCGGAAGCCCGUCGACAGAGAACUGUGCCGCAAAUUCGAUCUGAUUGUGAAGGCCGAGCAGGAUAACGGGCACCCGUUGCCGGCUUUCGCCAGCCUCCAGAUCGAAGUGCUGGACGAGAACAACCAGGCGCCGUACUUCCUGGAGAGCAGUUACCACGGCUACGUGGCGGAGGGCUCGCCGGUGGGAACCAGCGUCGCCGCCGACGCCGGCCUGUCGGAGCCUUUGGCCGUGGUGGCGCUGGAUAACGACGUGGAGGAGAGCAGGGAUCCUCAGCUGCAACUGUCUUUGGACGGCUACUCCGACGUGUUUGCCGUGUCGCCCGGUGGAAUCGCAAGAUACUUGACUCUCGCGCGGCCGUUGGAUCGAGAGGCGCGGGACACGUACACCUUCACGCUGCGAGCGUCAGACGGCGUUCAGCGGAGCGCUCCGGUCGCCGUGACCGUCACCGUGCUGGACGAAAACGACAACACGCCGACGUUCGCGAACCUGUCCUAUCACGUCCACGUGUACACCGACGCGGCGCCCGGACAAACGGUGCUGCAGCUGUCGGCGAUGGAUGAGGACGAGGGUCCCAACGGCCGGGUCAGCUAUCGGAUGGUGGCGGGCGAUCGGGGGCACUUUCUGCUCGGCAACAGCACCGGCAUCCUGACCGUAGCAUCAGGCGCGGGGCUAUCGGUGGGUCGGAGCUACGCGUUGACUGUGGAAGCGACGGACAACGGAGCAGAACCUCACAGAAGGUCGUCCGUGACAACGGUCUACAUUGAAGUGUUGCCGCCCAACAACCAGAGUCCUCCGCGCUUUCCCCGCCAGCGCUACAGCCUGGAGAUCAGCGAAGCAAUGAGGACGGGGGCGUCGCUGCUUAACCUGCAGGCCACGGAUCGAGAGGGGGACCCCAUCGUCUACAGAAUCAACCGCGGGGAUCACCGUGAGCAGUUUUUACUGGAGCGCGGUUCCGGGUAUUUGGUCCUGGCCAAACCUCUGGACAGGGAGGCGCUGGACCACUACACCCUGGUGGUCACGGCCUCGGACGAGCGGCCCGAUGGGACCUCCAGUGCGACGGUGAACAUUGUGGUGACAGAUGUUAAUGACAACGACCCGCUGUUCGAUCCUUCAAUGCCGGUAAAUCUGACUGUGAGCGAAAAGCAGGAUCACGCAUUCGUUGGACAGGUCAAGGCCAGCGAUCCAGAUCUGGGGGCGAGCGGCCAGGUUCACUACCGACUGGUCAACCAUCGGACGCUUUUCUCCAUCGACGCCGCGGGAGCCAUCAGAAGCGCGCUGCCGCUGGACAGAGAGGUGAAGGCUCACUACUUUCUGACGGUGGAGGCCUGCGACGGCGCCGCCGACCCGCGGCGCUCCAGGCUGACGCUGUCGGUCACGGUUCUGGACGUGGACGACAACAGCCCCGUGUUCGGCCAACGGGCGUACGAGGCGGACCUGCCGGAGAACAGUCCCGAGGGCACCGUGAUUCUCAGGCUGCGGGCGACCGACGCCGAUCUCAACUCCAACCUCACCUAUCGCAUCCGAACCGACGGCUCCGGCGAGGAGAUCCUCGGGCUCUUUCGCGUGGACCCCGUCACGGGAGAGUUGUCCGUGCGCAAAGUGGUGGACUUUGAGGCCUUGACGCCGUCUAAUUCGUCUCACACCUUCACCGUGGAGGCCGUGGACAGCGCGGGGAGCAUGCCGCCGGGCCUGGCCUCCGUCACGGUCACCAUCACGGACGUGAACGACUUCGCUCCGGUCUUCGGCCGGCCGACGUACCGCGGCAUGGUGGCCCCCAACGCCGUCAAGGGGACCGUGGUCGCCACGGUGAUGGCCAACGACUCCGACCCCGCGGGAACGGCGGCCGGCCUGGUGCGCUACAGAGUGGACCGGGGGGCCCAUUCGUACUCGGCCAGCAUUUUUGAGGUGGAGGAGCACACGGGCAACGUCGUCACCAGAGUCAACCUCAACGAGGAGCCCAACCUCAAAUUCAACCUGCUGGUGGUGGCCUACGAUGACGGCGAGCCGGUGAAGGAGAACACCGCCAUGGUGGAGAUCACCGUCCUUCAGCCCUCCGUCAUUCCCAUCUUUACUCGGGAGGAAUACAGGUUUCCGCCCGUGAGCGAGGAAGCUGCGGUCGGAACCCCGGUGGGAGUCAUCCUGGCUGCUGCCGUCAAUCAAACCAUCGUGUACUCCAUCGUGGAGGGCAACCGGGGAGGUGCGUUUGCGUUAAACAAUGAGACGGGCUUAAUCUCCACAGCCAAAGCGCUGGACUACGAGGCCAACUCCAGCUACGUUCUCAAGGUCCAAGCGGACUCCAUGAGGGUGGUCUCCUCCAACCUGCGAGCCCCCUCCAAGAGUAACACGGCCGUGGUGGUGAUUGACGUCCAGGACGAGAACGACCACUCUCCGGUUUUCAGCACCUCUCUUUACAUCGGAGGAGUGGCAGAGGACGCCAAAACGUUCACUUCCGUCUUGCAAGUGCAGGCCUUGGACAAAGACACCGGCAACUACAGCUCCGUGACGUACCGCCUCAUCGACGCCCCCUCGGCCGGGAAAGACGCCAAGGACAGCAAAGACGGCUUUGUCAUCGAGUCGCUCAGCGGCGUGCUGAAAACGGCCAUCGUGUACCGCAACAUGCGACGGUCCUACUUCAGGUUCGAGGUGGUCGCCACGGACGACUAUGGGCGAGGACGCAGCAGCAAGGCGGAGAUCGUGGUGUCGGUGGUGAACCAAUUGGACAUGCAGGUGGUCGUGUCCAACGUGCCACCCACGUACGUGGACCUAAACAAAGACAAACUGCUCAGCGUUUUGGAGCACUACGUCGGGGAGCAGAUUCCCGGAGCUCGGGUUUUCGUGGAAGCUAUCGGUCCCCGCCGUCACGGGGACGGACUGGAGCAAGAUGACUACGCCAAAUCGGACCUGACGAUUUACGCCAUCGACCCGCUGACGAACAGGGCCGUCUCCAGGCAGGAGCUCCACAAGUUUCUUGACGGGAAACUGCUCGACAUCAACAAAGCGUUCCAGCCCUUCAUGCCCCCCGGAGGGCGCAUUCUGGAGAUCCGAACCCCGGAAGUGGUGACCGGUGUGAAGAAGGCCGCGCAGACGGUCGGCUACACAGAGGGGGCGCUGUUGGCCCUGGCGGUCAUCAUCAUCAUCUGCUGCGUGCCCGCCAUACUCAUCGUGAUCAUCACCUACAGGCAAUUUAAAGAACGGCAAGAAGAGUGUGCCAAGACCGCCCGCAUCCAGAUGGCGCUGCCGAGCGGCAAACCUGGAGGGGGCGUCGCCAACAACUUGUACGAAGAGCUGGGCGACAACGCCAUCCGCAGGUACGGACAACAGGAGUCACAACAACUCCUCCGACCUUCUCUCCUCAGACCUGAGGAGUUAUCCAUGGAGUCCGGCAUCGAUCCGGGUCAGGACUACUAUACGCAAGAGUACUGCAACUAUGAUCGAGGCUACGACCUUCCUCGGUACGGCAGUCGACGAAAGCUGAUCUCGCCCUCCGGCCUCUAUGAUGAAUACGGAGAGGUUGUCGUCGAUGACGACGGCAGCUACUACUACAGCCCGCAGGUAUCCGAUGCGGAGCACGGCAGCCGAAAGCGUCGGAUCAAGCUCGUGUUGGACCGCGAGUACGAGACCAGUUCCACCGGAGACGACAGCGCUCCGGAACCCCAACGCGGCCGCUCCGCCGCCACGUUUAACCACGCCGACGUCAACGGCGGCCUCUACGUGGCCCAGAACGGCUCCGUGGUGCGCACGCGCAGGCCCCCGUCGCCCGCCUUCAGCUCACGGCUGGCCAAGCAUUUCAAAAAAGUGGACAAAAUGGCGGCCACGCCGGAGGAGAAAUUGCCCCUGAACAGCGCCGGACCCGCGGCGGUCGGCGUCAUCAAAAGCCUGCGCGCCUACGAGAGUUCGGGGCCAGCCGGCCCCGCGAGCCCUUCGUUCGCCAACUCCGACAUCCAUAAGACAGUCAACGUGUUCGACACGCGACAAUCCAGCAUUUCUUCAGGCUGCGCCAGCACGGGGCAGCCCUCCUACGCGGACGGGGGGACGGACGGGGGACUACGGAACGGGACGAGCGAUGACAGAGAACCGGGAGAGGGCGAGAGAGAGUCCCGAGCGGACGGCAGUCACGGCGAGGGAGACCGAGGCCCGGUCAUGAGGGAUGUUCCCGGGUGUCCCAGUGAGAGGACGCAGUCGGACGAGGACGAGCUGUGGAUGGGGCCCUGGAACAACCUUCACAUCCCCAUGACCAAACUGUGACUGACAUCCAGAACAACAACAACAACAACAACAAUCUUGAGUCAAUCUUCGAUGGGCGCUCAAUGGCCAUUGAUCAAAAAAAGCAAAGCAGCAUGUCAGACUUGCAUAGUGCACUUCAUUUUUAUGUCACUUUCAGCCGAAGAAGUCAUCAAACGUCGCCUUCAAUUUCAGUAUCCCAGCUCAUCUUGCAAACUGUCUUUGCAUCGACUUGUGACGUCGCUACGGCCUUUUCGUCAAGCCGCUUUGUCAACAUUAAAAUGUCAUCCGAUGUG